UGCUUCUCUUUCUGUCUCCUCCAUCCCUCACACACACAGACAGGUCUGACUCUUGGCCUUCAUCAUCUUCAUCCUCACCACAAUCAUCAUCCUCAGAGGAAGACGGACAGGGAGCCCCCUGACCCUUGUCCCGCCGGGUCACCAUGGCAACGGUCAUCUGUACUCGUUUCACCGAGGAGUAUCAGCUGUACGAGGAGCUGGGCAAGGGAGCGUUUUCGGUGGUGCGUCGCUGUGUGAAGGUGCUAUCAGGUCAGGAGUACGCUGCCAAGAUCAUCAACACCAAGAAACUGUCUGCCAGAGAUCAUCAGAAGUUGGACCGUGAAGCUCGAAUCUGUCGUUUACUGAAACACCCCAACAUUGUUCGGCUACAUGACAGCAUCUCAGAGGAGGCGCAUCAUUACCUCAUCUUUGACCUGGUAACGGGUGGAGAGUUAUUUGAAGAUAUCGUAGCCAGAGAAUAUUACAGUGAAGCUGAUGCCAGUCACUGUAUUCAGCAGAUUCUGGAGGCGGUGCUACACUGUCACCAGAUGGGUGUAGUCCACCGAGACCUGAAGCCAGAGAAUCUGCUGCUGGCCUCCAAGUCAAAAGGAGCAGCGGUAAAACUGGCUGACUUCGGCCUCGCCAUCGAGGUGGAGGGAGACCAGCAGGCCUGGUUCGGCUUUGCAGGGACUCCAGGUUAUUUGUCUCCAGAGGUUUUGAGGAAGGACCCGUACGGCAAAGCAGUCGACCUCUGGGCUUGUGGUGUGAUUCUCUACAUCUUAUUGGUCGGUUACCCUCCGUUUUGGGAUGAAGAUCAGCAUCGCCUCUACCAGCAGAUCAAAGCUGGAGCUUAUGAUUUUCCUUCUCCAGAGUGGGACACGGUGACUCCUGAAGCCAAAGACCUCAUUAAUAAGAUGCUGACCAUCAAUCCGGCCAAACGGAUCACUGCAGCCGAGGCGCUCAAACACCCCUGGAUCUCUCAUCGCUCCACAGUGGCAUCCUGUAUGCACAGACAGGAAACCGUGGAGUGUCUGAAGAAGUUCAACGCCAGAAGGAAACUCAAGGGAGCCAUCCUCACCACCAUGUUGGCCACCAGAAAUUUCUCCGGAGGAAAGAGCGGCAACAAGAAGGCCGACGGAGUCAAGGAAUCAUCUGAGAGCACAAACACCACCAUAGAGGACGAAGAUACCAGAGUGAGGAAACAGGACAUCAUUAAAGUCACUGAGCAGCUCAUUGAAGCGAUCAGCAAUGGGGACUUUGAGAGCUACACUAAAAUGUGUGACCCGGCUGUGACGGCGUUCGAGCCUGAGGCGUUGGGAAAUCUGGUCGAAGGCCUGGACUUUCACCGCUUUUAUUUUGAAAACUUGUGGUCUAAGAACAGCAAACCUGUCCACACCACCAUCCUGAACCCUCACAUUCACCUGGUCGGGGACGAAGCUGCCUGCAUCGCCUACAUCAGAGUGACGCAGUACAUUGACUCCAACGGCACGCCUCGCACUGCCCAAUCAGAGGAGACCAGGGUGUGGCACCGCCGUGAUGGGAAGUGGCAGAUAGUCCACUUCCAUCGCUCAGGCUCCCCCUCCACGCUCAACAACUAAAUUCCAUAGUGGGCGGGUCUGUGAAGGGGCCGGCAUCACCUUGCCAACUGAUUGAUUGACUGCAGACCGGGCAUCUGACACCAAACAUUUGGGGCUUUGUUUGACUAAAAACAAAAUGGAGGAGGGGACGAGGACGGCGCCAGAAUGCUUCACUCUACCUAGUCCAGUAGUGAACUGCAUCAUCAAUCAGUCAACCAUCCAGCUUCUUCUUUCAGCUCGUUUGGACUUGGCCCCUUUGAGAUUAACCAAUCAGCUCACACACGUGCACAGCACAGGUUGUACUAAUGUGUGGAAACCUUGUAUCUCUGGCUUUUAUAACUUAAUGAUUGACAGGACUGCACCUCCUUCACAACAUAAUUAAUUGAUUGAUCAAUAAUAAUUAACAUGCCAGGACACACUGCACCAUCAUCUAAAAUCAAGAUGAACUUCGUCCCCUUGUCAACAAAGGUUCUAAGACGGCUCUAAGAAGAAGGUUCUAAGAGUUAAAUGACUUUAACACCGUGUUAGUAAAUAUAAUUUAACAGAUUAAUUUAAGAUGAGUUUAAUCGGAUGUUAAAUUUCAGGGGAUUUUGUUUACGUUAGAGCUCUGGAGUUUUUCCAACUGCAAAUUGGUAACAUUUACACAUUUAUUUGGUACAUUAAUGAGCUGGAACUUCUGAGGCAUGAACUUCCUUGAGUAUUAAUAAUGCACAUAAUGGUGCAGUGGUUAGCACUGUCCCCUCACAGCAAGAAGGUUCCAGGUCCGAGCCCGGCCUGUAGGAGUGAGUGUG